GAAGCUUCAGCCGAGUGAGCAUCAGUGGCCAAUCGAUCAACCCUUGCUUUCUCCGAGUGAUUUGAGCGAUCAGCCGGUUCGUGUUUUAGUUCGAGCCAAAUCUGAGAGAGAUGGCUUCCCGCCAGGACAAGGCAAGCUACCAGGCCGGCGAGACCAAGGCCCGCACCGAGGAGAAGACGGGGCAUGCGAUGGGCGCGACCAGGGACAAGGCGCAGGAGGCGAAGGACCGGGCGUCGGACGCGGCGGGGCACGAGGCGGGCAAGGCCGGCGAGGCCACGGAGGCGGCCAAGCAGAAGGCCGCCGAGACAGCGGAGGCGGCCAAGCAGAAGGCCGCCGAGACAGCGGAGGCGGCCAAGCAGAAGGCCGCCGAGACAACGGAGGCCACCAAACAGAAGGACUCCGCCGUCGCCGGCAAGGACAAGAACGGCAACGUCAUCCAGAAGGCCACUGACCAGGUGAAGAGCGCGGCGGUGGGCGCCAAGGACGCGGUGAUGAGCACGCUGGGGAUGAGCGGGGACAAAGGCGAGACCGGCAACAACAACGCCAAGGACUCCUCCCCCAUCACCAGGGAUCAGUAGAUGCAUGCGCUCGAUCCUGUUUUGGUUUGCUUGUCCAGAAUGGGUCUAGCAUGCAUGUUUCCGGUUCCAUGAUUCCUACGUAUUUGCUGUAAGCUCGCCGUUGGUGUAUUUGUGUUCACAGUGUCUGUGGGUGUUGUAAGGCGUCGGGUGAGAUUUUGUUUUUUGUUUUUUGUUUUAUUUGCGAGAAGGGUGAGAAUUUGCGACGAACGAUCUUUGUGCUUUUGACUUCUCUCAUCUUCUGUGUUUUUAACAAUACAGUUGGGAAAAGAUAUAUAAUAUAUGUGGUUGUGACUGUCA